GAAUCGUAUCUGAAUGUCAACAAGAAAGGUCUCAAAUAAGAAACAAAGAAAAGGCUAUGCAAAUGCUUUCUGCCAAACUAUACAAUCUCAAAAUGGAAGAAGAAAACAAAAAGCGGAACAGUGUCCGAAAGAUUCAGAUUGGGACUAAAGGAAGAUCAGAGAAGAUCAGAACAUACAACUUUCCGCAGGACCGGAUUACUGACCACAGGAUAAGCAGAUCUGUGCAUCAUAUUGAAUGCUUCAUGUUAGGGGAAGACAUGCUAGAUGAAAUGAUACAAUCCCUGAGAGAAUAUGCUGAUUAUGAAUCUUUAAUGGAAAUUAUUUCAGAAAGUGAAAAAAUAAAUCCAACCUGAACAUU